GGAAGAGCCAAUGGAGAAAAGGCGUUGUUUGGAUGGCGGGUAAUAAAAAUCAACAAAACUAUAUUUAUCUUCAAAGAACAAAAGAAAAUCGCAAGGGCGAGAGUGAAAGAGCGAGAAAUGGGGGAUCUAUACGCCUUAGACUUCGAUGGAGUUAUCUGUGAUAGCUGCGGAGAGAGCUCUCUCUCUGCUGUCAAGGCCGCUAAAGUGAGAUGGCCUGCUUUGUUUGACGGCGUGGAUUCGACCACGGAGGAUUGGAUUGUCGACCAGAUGCACAUAGUGCGACCUGUGGUGGAAACUGGAUAUGAAAACCUCUUACUUGUGAGGUUAUUAUUGGAGAUGAGAAUACCUUCCAUUCAGAAGUCCUCGGUUGCAGAGGGACUCACAGUUGAUGGUAUAUUGGAGAAUUGGUCAAAGUUAAAGCUUGUCAUUAUGGAAGAAUGGGCUGAGAAUAGGGAUCCUCUGGUAGAUCUUUUUGGAAAGAUCAGGGAUGAAUGGAUAGAGAAGGACUUGCCAACUUGGAUUGGUGCAAAUAGAUUCUAUCCAGGUGUUCCUGAUGCACUGAAAUUUGCAAGCUCAAGGUUAUAUAUAGUCACCACGAAACAGAGCCGAUUUGCAGAUGCUUUACUCCGGGAGCUUGCAGGAGUAAUAAUACCACCCGAAAAAAUAUAUGGUCUUGGCACCGGUCCCAAGGUAGAAGUGCUGAAUCAGCUUCAGAAGAAACCAGAGCACCAAGGACUGACACUACACUUUGUGGAAGAUCGACUUGCAACCUUAAAAAAUGUCAUUAAGGAGCCUGAACUAGACGGCUGGAAUUUGUAUCUAGGGGAUUGGGGGUACAACACUCGGAAAGAGCGAGAGGAAGCUGCUACCAUUCCCAGGAUUCGUAUUCUCGAGCUCUCUGACUUUACUAAGAAGCUGAAAUAGCCGUCCUUUAGAUGAAAAAUCUCCCUUUUCACUUACCAUGAAUGAAGUCUGAAAUGCUUUCUCCUUUUCUUUCAUAUGGAACUGUCGACCGCAGCUAUUUGAACUUCAGCAAAUAAAGGAACUUUCUAUUAUUGCCA